AACAAAGUUUUUUUCACAAAUUUUAUAAUUUGUAAAGACCAUACUGAUUCAUAAUGGGAAUAAAGUAAUUCUUUUAAACAAAAAUAAAAUGCAAACCAUAAAGCUACUUGCUAUAUUUGAAGAUAGCUAUACUUAGUUUUAAACUCUUUCACCUUUGAGUCAUUAGGUGUUUGGUACGAUAGAAGUAUUGGAAAUGAAGGAGAAACAAGAGGGAGAAAUAAUGAGAGAAGCAAAAGGCAAAGAAAGAGGCUGAGAGAAAAGAGGUUGAGAAAGAACAUGUAAAUCUGGCUGAGGAGAACAUAUUUAACGUCGGACCACUAGAUGGCGAUAUAAUGUAAGGUGCUUCCUAGACUUUUUUUUUAAACAAGCUAUUUGCUGAUUUGUAUUAGGUACCAUAGAGUGAGGCCGGGAUGAAGCCGAGAGGAUGCUGCAGAGGUCUCUGGUGCAUGUGUGUAUGUGUGCGUGUGUGUGUUUGUGUAUGUGUGCUCUGCCCCAGUGAGACUGCAGCCCUUGUAAAUCCCUGGUCACCUUUUACAAGAAGGAAUCUGAACAAUUGCAACUGAAGGCACGCUGUUAUCUGGUCUCUGGGAGAUGCAGUUCCUCAUUGCAGAUGGGUAAUUUUCCUUUAAAUCAGGACUUUCAUAUGUGGAGUAAAUGGUAAUUAAAAUGUGCAGGAUGACAAGAUGGAGCAAACAGUGCUUGUACCACCAGGACCUGACAGCUUCAACUUCUUCACCAGAGAAUCUCUUGCGGCUAUUGAGAGGCGCAUUGCAGAAGAAAAAGCCAAGAAUCCCAAACCAGACAAGAAAGAUGACGAUGAAAAUGGCCCAAAGCCAAACAGUGACUUGGAAGCUGGAAGGAACCUUCCUUUUAUUUAUGGAGACAUCCCUCCAGGGAUGGUGUCAGAACCUUUGGAGGACCUGGACCCGUACUACAUCAACAAAAAAACUUUUAUAGUAUUGAAUAAAGGGAAGGCCAUCUUCCGGUUCAGUGCCACCUCUGCCCUGUACAUUUUAACUCCCUUCAAUCCUCUUAGGAAAAUAGCUAUUAAGAUUUUGGUACAUUCAUUAUUCAGCAUGCUAAUUAUGUGCACCAUUUUGACCAACUGUGUGUUUAUGACAAUGAGUAACCCUCCUGAAUGGACAAAGAAUGUAGAGUACACCUUCACUGGGAUAUAUACUUUUGAGUCACUUAUAAAAAUUAUUGCCAGGGGCUUCUGUUUAGAGGAUUUCACUUUCCUUCGGGACCCAUGGAACUGGCUCGACUUUACAGUCAUUACGUUUGCAUAUGUGACAGAGUUUGUGGACCUGGGCAAUGUCUCAGCGUUGAGAACAUUCAGAGUUCUCCGAGCACUGAAAACAAUUUCAGUCAUUCCAGGCCUGAAGACCAUCGUGGGGGCCCUGAUCCAGUCUGUGAAGAAGCUCUCAGACGUCAUGAUCCUGACGGUGUUCUGUCUGAGCGUGUUUGCGCUGAUCGGCCUGCAGCUGUUUAUGGGCAACCUGAGAAAUAAAUGUGUCCAAUGGCCUCCCACCAAUUCCUCCCUGGAGGAGCAUAGCAUAGAGAAGAAUAUAACUGUGAAUUACAAUGGCACACUUGUAAAUGAAACUGUCAUUGAGUUUGACUGGAAAUCAUAUAUUCAAGAUUCAAGAUAUCAUUAUUUUCUGGAAGGUUUUUUAGAUGCAUUGCUAUGUGGAAAUAGCUCUGAUGCAGGUCAAUGUCCAGAAGGAUAUAUAUGUAUGAAAGCUGGCAGAAAUCCCAACUAUGGCUAUACAAGCUUUGAUACUUUCAGUUGGGCUUUUUUGUCCCUGUUUCGACUGAUGACUCAGGACUUCUGGGAAAACCUUUACCAACUGACACUGCGUGCUGCUGGGAAAACAUACAUGAUCUUCUUUGUGCUGGUCAUCUUCCUGGGCUCAUUCUACCUGAUAAAUUUGAUCCUGGCUGUGGUGGCCAUGGCCUAUGAGGAGCAGAAUCAGGCCACCAUGGAAGAGGCAGAGCAGAAAGAGGCGGAAUUUCAGCAGAUGCUCGAACAGCUUAAAAAGCAGCAAGAGGCAGCUCAGCAGGCAGCCACUGUAACUGCCUCAGAGCAUUCCAGGGAACCCAGCGCAGCAGGCAAGCUCUCAGACAGUUCAUCUGAAGCCUCCAAGUUGAGUUCCAAGAGUGCCAAGGAGAGAAGAAACCGGAGAAAGAAAAGAAAACAGAAAGAACAGUCCGGUGGAGAAGAAAAAGAUGAGGAUGAAUUCCAAAAAUCUGAAUCUGAUGAUAGCAUCAGGAGGAAAGGGUUUCGCUUCUCCAUUGAAGGGAAUCGCUUGACCUAUGAAAAGAGGUACUCCUCCCCACACCAGUCUUUGUUGAGCAUCCGUGGCUCCAUCUUUUCUCCAAGGCGCAAUAGCAGAACAAGCCUUUUCAGCUUUAGAGGGCGAGCCAAGGAUGUGGGAUCAGAGAAUGACUUUGCUGACGAUGAGCACAGCACCUUUGAGGAUAACGAGAGCCGGAGGGAUUCCUUGUUUGUGCCCCGGCGGCAUGGAGAGCGACGCAACAGUAACCUAAGUCAGACCAGCCGGUCAUCCCGGGUGCUGGCAGUGUUUCCAGCGAGUGGGAAGAUGCACAGCACUGUGGAUUGCAAUGGUGUGGUUUCCUUGGUUGGUGGACCCUCGGUUCCUACAUCGCCUGUUGGACAGCUUCUGCCAGAGGUGAUAAUAGAUAAGCCAGCUACUGAUGACAAUGGAACAACUACUGAAACUGAAAUGAGAAAAAGACGGUCAAGUUCUUUUCAUGUGUCCCUGGAUUUUCUAGAAGAUCCUUCCCAGAGGCAAAGAGCGAUGAGUAUAGCCAGCAUUUUAACAAAUACAGUCGAAGAACUUGAAGAAUCCAGGCAGAAAUGCCCACCCUGUUGGUACAAAUUUGCCAACAUAUUCUUAAUCUGGGACUGUUCACCAUAUUGGUUAAAAGUGAAACAUAUUGUCAACCUGGUUGUGAUGGACCCAUUUGUUGACCUGACCAUCACCAUCUGUAUUGUCUUAAAUACUCUUUUCAUGGCCAUGGAGCACUACCCCAUGACGGAUCAGUUCAACCAUGUGCUUACAGUAGGAAACUUGGUUUUCACUGGGAUCUUUACAGCAGAAAUGUUUCUGAAAAUUAUUGCCAUGGAUCCUUACUAUUAUUUCCAAGAAGGAUGGAAUAUCUUUGAUGGUUUUAUUGUGACCCUUAGCCUGGUAGAACUUGGCCUUGCCAAUGUGGAAGGAUUAUCAGUUCUUCGUUCAUUUCGAUUGCUUCGUGUUUUCAAAUUGGCAAAAUCUUGGCCAACAUUAAAUAUGCUAAUUAAGAUCAUUGGCAAUUCAGUGGGGGCUCUGGGUAACCUCACCUUGGUGUUGGCCAUCAUCGUCUUCAUCUUUGCGGUGGUCGGCAUGCAGCUCUUUGGUAAAAGCUACAAAGAUUGUGUCUGCAAGAUCAAUGAAGACUGUACACUCCCACGUUGGCACAUGAAUGACUUCUUCCACUCCUUCCUGAUUGUGUUCCGCGUGCUGUGUGGAGAGUGGAUAGAGACCAUGUGGGACUGCAUGGAGGUCGCUGGUCAAGCCAUGUGCCUUACUGUUUUCAUGAUGGUCAUGGUCAUUGGAAACCUAGUGGUCCUGAACCUCUUUCUGGCCUUGCUCCUGAGCUCAUUUAGUGCAGACAACCUUGCAGCCACUGAUGAUGAUAAUGAAAUGAACAAUCUCCAAAUUGCUGUGGAGAGGAUGCAUAAAGGAAUCGCUUAUGUGAAGAGAAAAAUAUAUGAAUUUAUUCAACAAUCCUUCGUGAGAAAGCAAAAGAUUUUAGAUGAAAUUAAACCACUUGAUGAUCUGCACAAUAAAAAAGAAAGCUGUAUGUCCAAUCAUACAGAAAUUGGGAAAGAUCUUCGCUAUCUUAAAGAUGUAAAUGGAACCACAAGUGGAAUAGCAACUGGCAGCAGUGUUGAAAAAUACAUUAUUGAUGAAAGUGAUUACAUGUCAUUCAUAAACAAUCCCAGUCUUACGGUGACUGUACCAAUUGCUGUAGGAGAGUCUGACUUUGAAAAUUUAAACACAGAGGACUUCAGUAGUGAAUCAGAUCUGGAAGAAAGCAAAGAGAAACUUAAUGAAAGCAGUAGCUCAUCUGAAGGCAGCACUGUGGACAUUGGCGCACCCGCGGAGGAACAGCCCGUGGUGGAGCCUGAGGAAACCCUGGAGCCGGAAGCCUGUUUCACUGAAGGCUGUGUACAAAGAUUCAAAUGUUGUCAAGUCAGUGUGGAAGAAGGGAGAGGAAAACAAUGGUGGAACCUGAGAAGAACAUGUUUCCGAAUAGUUGAACAUAACUGGUUUGAAACCUUCAUUGUUUUCAUGAUUCUCCUUAGUAGUGGUGCUCUGGCAUUUGAAGAUAUAUAUAUUGAUCAGCGAAAGACAAUCAAGACAAUGUUGGAAUAUGCUGAUAAGGUUUUCACUUACAUCUUCAUUCUGGAAAUGCUUCUAAAAUGGGUGGCUUAUGGCUAUCAAACAUAUUUCACCAAUGCCUGGUGUUGGCUGGACUUCUUAAUUGUUGAUGUUUCAUUGGUCAGUUUAACGGCGAAUGCCUUGGGUUACUCCGAACUUGGUGCCAUCAAAUCUCUCCGAACACUAAGAGCUUUGAGACCCCUAAGAGCUUUAUCACGAUUUGAAGGGAUGAGGGUGGUUGUGAAUGCCCUUUUAGGAGCAAUUCCAUCCAUCAUGAAUGUUCUUCUGGUUUGUCUUAUAUUCUGGCUAAUUUUCAGCAUCAUGGGUGUAAAUUUGUUUGCCGGCAAAUUCUACCACUGUAUCAACACCACAACUGGUGAAAUAUUUGAUAUCACCGAAGUGAACAAUCAUUCUGACUGCCUAAAGCUAAUAGAAAGAAAUGAAACUGCAAGAUGGAAAAAUGUGAAAGUGAACUUUGAUAAUGUAGGAUUUGGGUAUCUCUCUUUGCUUCAAGUUGCCACAUUUAAAGGAUGGAUGGAUAUAAUGUAUGCAGCAGUUGAUUCCAGAAAUGUGGAAUUGCAGCCUAAGUAUGAAGAAAGUCUAUACAUGUAUCUUUACUUUGUUAUUUUCAUCAUCUUUGGGUCCUUCUUCACCUUGAACCUGUUUAUUGGUGUCAUCAUAGAUAAUUUCAACCAGCAAAAAAAGAAGUUUGGAGGUCAAGACAUCUUUAUGACAGAAGAACAGAAGAAAUAUUAUAAUGCAAUGAAAAAAUUAGGAUCGAAAAAGCCACAGAAGCCUAUACCUCGACCAGGAAACAAGUAUCAAGGAAUGGUCUUUGACUUUGUAACCAGACAAGUGUUUGACAUAAGCAUUAUGAUCCUCAUCUGUCUCAACAUGGUCACAAUGAUGGUAGAAACAGAUGACCAAAGUGAAUAUGUAACUAGUGUUUUGUCACGCAUCAACCUGGUGUUCAUUGUGCUGUUCACUGGAGAGUGUGUUCUGAAGCUCAUCUCCCUCCGCCAUUAUUAUUUCACCAUAGGCUGGAAUAUUUUUGAUUUUGUGGUUGUCAUUCUCUCCAUUGUAGGCAUGUUUCUGGCUGAGCUGAUAGAAAAAUAUUUUGUGUCCCCUACCCUGUUCCGAGUGAUCCGUCUUGCCAGGAUUGGCCGCAUCCUACGUCUGAUCAAAGGGGCAAAGGGGAUCCGCACGCUGCUCUUUGCUCUGAUGAUGUCCCUCCCUGCGCUGUUUAACAUCGGCCUCUUGCUCUUCCUGGUCAUGUUCAUCUACGCCAUCUUCGGGAUGUCCAACUUUGCCUAUGUCAAGAGGGAAGUUGGAAUCGAUGACAUGUUCAACUUUGAAACCUUUGGCAACAGCAUGAUCUGCCUGUUCCAGAUCACCACCUCUGCUGGCUGGGACGGGCUGCUGGCACCUAUUCUCAACAGCGGGCCUCCAGACUGUGACCCCGAUAAAGUAAACCCUGGAAGCCAAGUGAAGGGAGACUGUGGAAACCCAUCUGUCGGGAUUUUCUUUUUCGUCAGCUAUAUCAUCAUAUCCUUUCUGGUGGUGGUGAACAUGUACAUCGCUGUCAUCCUGGAGAACUUCAGUGUCGCCACUGAGGAAAGCGCAGAGCCCCUGAGUGAGGAUGACUUCGAGAUGUUCUACGAGGUCUGGGAGAAGUUUGAUCCCGAUGCCACCCAGUUCAUGGAGUUUGAAAAACUAUCGCAGUUUGCAGCUGCUCUUGAACCCCCUCUCAAUUUGCCACAGCCCAACAAACUCCAGCUCAUUGCCAUGGACUUGCCCAUGGUCAGUGGCGACCGGAUCCACUGUCUUGACAUUCUAUUUGCUUUUACUAAGAGGGUUCUGGGAGAGAGUGGAGAGAUGGACGCUCUCCGAAUACAGAUGGAAGAGCGGUUCAUGGCUUCUAACCCAUCAAAGGCCUCCUACCAGCCAAUUACUACAACUUUAAAACGAAAACAAGAGGAGGUGUCUGCUCUCAUUAUUCAGCGUGCUUACAGGCGCCACCUUUUGAGGCGAACUAUGAAACAAGCUUCAUUUAUGUACAACAAAAACAGACUCAAAGGUGGGGUUAAUCUUCUCGGAAAAGAAGACAUGAUCAUUGACAGAAUAAAUGAAAAUUCUAUUACAGAAAAAACUGAUCUGACCAUGUCCACAGCAGCUUGUCCACCCUCCUAUGACCGGGUAACGAAGCCAAUCGUGGAAAAACACGAGCAAGAAGGCAAAGAUAAAAAAGCCAAAGGGAAAUAAACAAAACAAAAAUAAAUAAAUAAAUAAAUAAAUAAAUAAAUAAAUAAUAAUUGGGUUACUAUUUGUUUACAAGCCUGUGAAGGUGAUGUCUUUUUGUCAACAGGACUCCUUUAGGAGGUCAAUGCCAAACUGACUGUUUUUACACAAAUCUACUUAAGGUCAGUGCCUACAAUAAGACAGUGACCCCUCGUCAGAAAACUGCAACUCUGUGUAGAAGGGGAGAUGACAGGAGGUUACUGCUCUCACUACCAGCUGACACUGCUGAAGGCAAGAGACAAAACGGCUACUCAGAAUGUGAGGACCAGUUCCAAGGGGUGCAAACCUAUGAUUUGGGUUGUUUAACAUGAAACACUUUAGUGUCUGUCGUAGUUGUAUCCACUCUUUGCAUUUCAACUGCCACAUUUGUCACAUUUUUACGAAAUCUGUUAGUGGAUUCAUCUUUUGUUUUGUUUGUUUUUCCAAUCCAUAUGUUGUGUAUUAUAUGUGACUAUUUUUGUAAACGGGGCUUCUGUUGGGAAAUAGAGUAAAGAACCUCUUUACCAGGUAUGCCACCGGGAGUGAUGGCCAUCACAUCGCCCUCCUAACUGAACAAAGACGUGGUUUGCAUCAGGGCCUGUGACGCUUAGAGAUCAUGCAUGAAAAAAGGUCAUGAGGAAAGCAAUGAGUUCUUAAAUUCCAUCCGUGUUUCCGGAGGGGUAAUCAGGUGAUCACUGGAGGUGCUUUGCUCAUCUUGUUUUGUGUUUUUUGUUUUCAAAUCCAGCCCCUAGACCAAGUACAUCAUUUUGGGGGUGGUAGGCCAUUAAACGUUAGUAGGUGCAAACUUCAUUCAAAUGUCUGGAAUCAUAAUGUUAUGUUUUUGAUUAUUGUAUUAAAAAAACAAACAAACACUAAAUAAUGAGCAUUGCUUCUCCCCUGAAGACGGAAUUGACCAAAAGAACCCUUUAUAAAUUUCUGCUUAAUCCUGCACUUUGUUUAGCCAUCUUCAGCUCAGCAAGAUCAACGCUGUAUAUGUUACUGAAAUGCUAUUUAUUAUGUAAAUAGUCAUUUUACCCUGUGGUGCACGUUUGAGCAAACAAAUAAUGACCUAAGCACAGUAUUUAUUGCAUCAAAUAUGUACCACAAAAAUGUAGAGUGCAAGCUUUACACAGGUAAUAUAAAAUAUUCUGUACCAUUAUAAAUAGUUUGGAUGCUACAAAUGCAUGUUUUUUAUUACCAUGCUGCUAUAUCUGGUUUCUCCCAUGGCUCGGAAUCUUGUUUAUGAGAAACCGUAUGUCAGUGGUAAUUGUUCAACCGACUUCAUUUCUUUAUGCCAUUUAGCAAUAGUUUGCAGCACUUUAAUAGCCUUUUGGUUAUUUUUAAAUUUUAAGUGGAUAACAUAUGGUGUAUAGCCAGACUGUACAGACAUGUUUAAAAAUAAACAAACAAAAAAACCUUGCUUAACCUGUUAAAAAUGUGUUUAGAAUUUUAUAAGCAAAUAUAAAUACUGUAAAAAAAAAAGUCAUUUUAUUUUAUUUUUCAGCAUUAUGUACAUAAAUAUGAAGAGGAAAUUAAUUACCUUCAGGUUGAGAUCACAAUCACUUUUCUUACUUUCUGUCCAUAGUACUUUUUAAUGGAAGAAAUUUGCUAAAAAAAAGAAAUGAAAACAAGACUGGGUAUUUGUGUAUUUCUGCUUUUUAUUACAUUUGCUAAGUUUAGAUUAUUUCAUAAUUUUAAGGGCCAAAAUGGGUUCACAAUUCACAUCCAAAUUAUGCUUUGUAAUCAGAAAAGGGUAUAAAAUUUUAUUUACAUUUUUUGGUGGCAUCUGUACUAGCUGAUUGAAGGUAGUGUUUAUUGUUUAUUUUUUCAUUUUUGUCCUUUUCCCUAACUUCUUUUAUAUUUUUAUUUCUUUGGACUCAUGCUGCUUUAGAUUGCAGUAAAUAUGAUGUGGGUUUCACAUUCUCCCCCCACAAAAAUAGAGUAGUGAACUUAUCUAGGCAAUUACAUCAGGACAUUUUGUGUUUCUUACAGAAGAAGCAAACUGUAGGCUCCUCUUUUUCUUAAAACUACUUAGAUAAACUGUAUUCGUGAACUGCAUGCCGGAAAAUGCUACUGUUACCCUAAAUGAUGCUAACCAACAUUAAAAAUGUGCAAAACUAAUAAAGAUUACAUUUUCUAUUUUA